GCGCGCGCGAGACUGCGAGACGAUUCGGCGCUAUUGCCCACCCAUCGCUGUGCCCGUUUCGUCAUCUAUGGUCUCGGGUUCGACUGGCUGCUAAUAUAGCCGUGUAUAACAAAUCGCGCAGUAGCAGCAACCACAGAGACGAGCAGAAGAAGCUCUUGCACCACGUAAAGUCGUAUCCAGCGGAACUUUUGGCAGUGUAGUACAAUCGGAACCAGCUGAAUCCAAUUCCGUGCUCGUGGCCUCAGCAACUCUCUCUCUGUGCAUUUAAUUUUGUACUGUUUAUGCGCACGAUAAAAGUGAAUGUGUCGUGUGUACAUAUCCGAUUAGUGCCUGCUGUGCGCGCGUGAUUGAUACGUUCUUGUAUUAGUGCAUGCAUUCAAGACUUUAGGCAGACAAAAAGUGAUUCGGCUGCAAACAGCAAAGACAAGCAAAACCUCGUGCCAUCGCUCGACUCUGCUUCCAGAGGAAUAACAAGUGGCAGAGUUUAGCUUUCACUCUGCAUUUAUUGCUGCACAAUUAGACAAAUAAUAAAGCUAAUACAGCGUAAAGAUGGCCGAAGCCGUGGUAGACGGUUCGUCGAUCAGUCGUUUCUUUUGUCACCGAUGCAAUACCGAAAUAGAGCAUCUGCUACCGGACUUUACAUGCCCAAGAUGUUCAUCUGGAUUUAUCGAGGAACUUGAUGGCGAUGGUCCGGACGAUGUUGCUGACAUGGACGUAGCUAACGACCUUGAAUUCUCCGCAGAAGCAAUGGGAUUACCAUCGUUUAUUAUAAGAACUGCUACACAAAAUUCUACUAGAGGAAAUUCAUCUAGUUCCCAACCCAAUUCCCAAAGUAACAGAAAUGUACCACCUGGAGUGUCACCUCACAUAGAUAGUUUAAUUCAUGAAUUGUUUUUCAAUCGUGUCUUUGGCUUUGCUCAAAAUAAUCAAGCUCCAGUACUGUUCUUGGGCAAUCCAGGAGAUUAUGUAUGGGGUCAAAAUGGCUUAGAUACAAUAGUUACACAAUUACUAAACCAAAUGGAUGGAACUGGACCACCGCCAUUACCCAAACAUUUGAUUGAAGAAAUACCUACUUCAAAAAUUACGCAAGAACAAGUUGAUAGCAAAUUACAAUGUUCAGUGUGUUGGGAUGAUUUUGUAGUAAAUGAAUCUGUUAGACAGCUUCCAUGCCAACAUCAUUUUCAUGAACCUUGCAUUGUUCCUUGGCUUGAGCUGCAUGGAACUUGCCCUAUUUGUAGACAAAGUUUAGGAGAGCAAUCAACCAGUGAAGCAAAUCAAGAUUCUGUUGGUCCCAAUUUAUUGGCUGCUUUGUUUCAAGCUGCUGGUGAAAUGAAUAGUAGUUCUAGUAAUGGUAGAACACCUCCACAAAAUGACACAUCAAAUGACAUUUGAAAUUAAUUGAUAUUUUCAUACUAACUUUAUGUAGUUUAACAAAAUUUUUCACUUGUUCAUAUGCAUUUUUCGAUUUUCUCUCAACUGAAAAGAACGAGUUUUAGCAAUUUAUGAAACUCAUUCUACUCACAGAAUUUGCCAUAAACAAAGUAUGGUACUUUCAAAAAUCAAAGAACAAUCUACAGUGAUCUUUAUAACUAUUUUCGAGUUGAAUAAGUUGCAAUGUAUAAGACCAAUUGAAGAAUUUAUCACCAGAUUUGUGGUUUUCAAUCUUAUAGAAAAUUAAAGCAGCUAUGUAUUCACCAAAAGGUUAACUUAUAUAGCCAGUAUUCAAUACUCUUAAUUGUAUUUUUAGAAAAUUUUGUAUACCAUUACAAACAAACCUGGUUGAUUGAUAUUGGAAAUUGUUACAAGAUUUAUUUUUGACAAAAUAAAAAACGUUCAAAUAAUUAAAACAACAUAAAAAAAUGCAGUGAAGUGUGAAAAAAGGUGCGAUUUGUGUACAUUCUAUAUGUUAUAAAAUAAUGUUAAUAAUUUUUGCGGAAACGUAAAAACUCCUGUACAUAUUUUUAUUUUACUUUAAUUUACCAUUUAAAUAAAUAUUAAAAAAAUAAUUUAAAUAUUAGAACAGUAAAGAAAUGCGUCAAGGUUUUCAAUAGGCAGAACUACUUGGAAAACCUCGUUAAGGUUUGAGAAUAAACCAUGAAUGCUUUGAUACUUGUUUGUUAAAGACUAUAAAUAUAAAUCAGAGUGAUUCGCCAUUUUUCAAUAAGAUGUAAAACAUGUCGAUGAAGUAGCGUUUUUCAAAAAACUUUGAAUCGUUACUAUUAAGAACGUAUAAACGAUAUCGUAAAAAAUUCAUCAAUGAAAGAAGUUAUAAGGAAGAGUGCAGUGAAAAUUUUCAUCGCCUUGUUUUUGAAUAAAUGCGAGAUUAUAAUUAUAAAAAGUAUAAAAUGUUAAUCGCGUCAGUGUAAGAACAUUGACUGGCAGCCAAAUAAUAAAACUCAUUUGAAAAAACUCAGUACAUGAAAAAUAAAAAAGUAAAUGUUCAAAAAAUAUAAAAGCGUUUAAUUUUUCGUAGUUGAAUUCUUUUAGUAUAAAAGUGAUUAAAUGUAAUAAUUUGAAGAGUGAUCAAGAGGAAUUAUUUUAUUAACGAUUUAUCCAUUUACACUGUUAUCAAAACUUGACAUCACAACCUGCUUUAUAAAUCUCUUAAUGUAUGAAUUAGUACAAUUGAAUAAAAAUAUUGACUUCAAA